CUCUCCCUCUCGCCUUUCCACCUUGGCUAUCCGGUCGCGUCACCGUACUAUGCCAUGCUCUUGGAAUUGAAGGUCCUACAGCCAAACACCUAACAUACACUCAUCAUAUGUAAGCGCAUGCCGCGCGGGCAAAUGUGCCAUGCCAUCGCAUCCAUGCCAUGUUCUCUUCAUUCUCUCCCCUAGCCGACUUGGUCAAUGCAUACACGUAGAUACAGAUGUAAAUAGCAACCCAGCUAAGGCGGGCUCUUUUUUUUUUUUUUUUCCCCUUUUCAGUGAGUGGCUGGUAUGGGAUGUUCCACGCCCGCCCACAUCGUCAACAGUCAAUACCGAACAUGCACACAAACCCACCACAAACACAACUCACCCACCCACACACCCACACCGGUAUGAAUGCACACACACACACACACACCGCAAACUGGAGUUGGCGAGAGUUGCAUGUGUAGCAGGCCGGGCCGGUUGUGGCCUACCACGCUUAAAGGCAGGAGAGAGGGCACCUAUGCAGGUAUGCGCAUAUUUUUACAGGGAGUAGUAGCAAUAUAUAUAUAGGUAUAUAGUAGUGAGGGCAUUCGCGUAUGGGAUUAUUACAUACAUGCAUCAAUGGGAUGUGCGUAUGUCGAUAAUAUAUGGCCCCUCCCUUGCUUCCUUUCCCGCCUCCGCCUGGCACCAUUGUCUUGCACAAGAUAGCAACUAUAUACAUAUACAGAGC